AUGGUCCGACACAAGAAAGACAACUUCUCCAGAGGCGGAAAGCGAGCAGGAGGACCACCCCGCCACCGACCUUCACCCCGCGGCGCUGACGAGAACAACGAUGCAGAGGGCGGCGCAACAAGGCCGCCGUUCAAGGCCGCUUGCUGGGAUUUUGGGCACUGUGACCCGAAGCGCUGCUCAGGGAAGAGACUCAUACAGUUUGGCUUGAUGAGGGAGCUUUCGAUUGGGCACAAACACCCCGGAGUUAUCAUUUCACCAAAUGCAAAACGUGUACUUUCUCCCGCAGACAGAGAUACUCUCGAACAAUACGGCGCUGCAGUGGUGGAGUGUUCGUGGGUGCGUGUCAAGGAAAUCCCAUGGUCUCGUAUUGGAGGCAAAUGUGAAAGAUUAUUGCCAUACCUCAUCGCAGCGAAUUCUGUCAACUACGGCCGCCCGUGGCGAUUAAACUGCGUCGAAGCGUUAGCGGCUUGCUUCUAUAUAUGCGGGCACGAGGAUUGGGCAGAAGAAGUGCUGAAACACUUCUCAUACGGCGAAGCAUUCAUAAAAAUCAACUCUCAGCUACUGAAACGAUAUGCCGCAUGUUCGAGCGAAGAAGAGAUCAAGAAGACAGAGGAAGAAUGGCUCACCAAGAUCGAGCGCGAGUAUAAUGAAAGCCGUGCCGAACGAGACGCUGGCGGAGCAAACGAUAUGUGGGAACGAGGCAACACAAACCGCCUCGAGGUGCCAGAUUCCGAGGACGAUGAAGAUGAAGGCGAAGAUGGCGAGAAUGAAGAAGAAGAAGAAGAAGAAGACAAAGACCCUUUCGCAAUUUCAGACGACGAAGACGACGAAGAAGAAAUGGCCGAAAUCCGACGAAAGAUUCUCAACUCGAAAAGCUUCCAGAAUCCCACGCAAUCAUCUUCUUCGCAUGACCAGCCAGCGAAAAUCCCGCGGCCAGAAGAACAGCAUUUACCUAUUGAUUCGGAUUCCGAGUCUGGUUCCGCCGAAGGCAGCGACGGGGACGACGACGAAGCCUUUGACAAUAUCAUCAACGCGACUCCCGUGACGGAUCGGACGGGGAUUUUGGCAAAGGAGCAGCGCAGUGUGAAUGAUUCUUUAACUGCUUCGUUUUCGCGGACCGUCAUCUCUGCGCCGAAGAAGUGGUGA